AGUUGAUCAGCGGGCUGGGUGCUGAUGUUUUCUUUGGGAAUGCUGACAGACUGACAGGCAAACUAGUGCGAUCCAGUGACACAAAAUCUCACUCCGGCUCUGCUGAACAACCAGAAGAAGAGAGUGAGCAGAAGAGAAGGGAAAAGAAGAAGACAAAAAAGGAGAAAGGAAAAGAAAAAAAAAGAGAAAAAAGUAAGACAUUUAUUGUGACUGCCCCCUUUUUUUCCUCUCUGCUGAGGUUGCUUUCUCCCUCUCUCCUCACUCUUCCUCUCACUCUACGCUUCUCAUUCCCUCUCUCCUUCACCCCAGGACAGACACGCACGCACUCCCUGACUCUCCGUCUCUCCCGUGGAACUUUUUUCACCCCACUCUCUCUCUCUCUUCCUCUCUCAUUUGAAAUGAUUCUGAGAGGGAGGGAAGUAUUUGAAGGCUUGCUGGGAUGCAGAAACUCCCCAGACGCCUGAGACUGGAGCGGUGAGAGAAGAGGAGAGGAUUUGUCCUGCCGCACACUGACCACCCAAUUAAAUUAUCGCAAGAGAAAGAGAAAACAAGGGGCCACGGAGAGAGGAGGUGUGCAGCACACUGAUAUAACUCAUUCUUCUUUCCUGGAAGGCACUACCGGCACUUUCAGCAUCCUGCAGCGUGGAUGUCAUGGCUUCUCUGCGGUUUUCAGUCACUGUGUGGUUCUCGCUGGUGAUCUGGAGCCUGCUGAGGACAAGUGGAUCCAUCGUUCCGUCUCAGACCCGCCGCAACAUCUCAGAGAGCGCAGAGAGCAAAGUAGAGCGUCUGGGCCAGACUUUCAGGCAUAAUGUGCGUAUGCUGCGUGAGCGUGGCGGCCGUCUCGAACUUGUCUUCCUCGUGGACGAGUCCUCCAGUGUGGGAGCGAGCAACUUCAGGAGCGAGCUGCACUUCGUGCGGAAGAUGCUCUCGGAUUUCCCAGUGGCACCUGAGGCCACGCGUGUCGCCCUCAUCACCUUCAGCUCGAAGAACCACGUGCUGACCAGGGUGGACUACAUCUCAGCACCCAAAGCGCACCAGCACAAGUGCUCACUUUUCAAUAAGGAGAUUCCUGCCAUCACGUAUCGAGGAGGAGGCACGUAUACCAGAGGAGCCUUUCAGCGAGCAGCGCAAAUUCUGCGGAACUCACGUCUGAAUGCCACAAAGGUCAUCUUCCUCAUCACAGACGGCUACUCGAACGGCGGGGAUCCUCGGCCAGUAGCAGCAGUGCUGCGCAGGAGUGGUGUAGAGAUCUUCACCCUGGGCAUCUGGCAGGGAAAUAUCCGUGAACUUCAUGACAUGGCAUCACACCCCAAAGAUCAACACUGCUACUUUGUGCACAACUUUGCUGAAUUUGAAGCUCUUGCACGUCAUGCUCUUCAUGAAGACUUGCCUUCGGGUGGCUACAUCCAGGAUGACAUGUCCUAUUGCUCCUCUCUGUGUGUGGACGGGAAGGACUGCUGUGACCUGAUGGCCAGCUGUAAGUGUGGGACACACACUGGCCAGUAUGACUGUGUGUGUGAGAAAGGACACUAUGGCAAAGGCCUGAAACUCGAAUGUACAGCAUGCCCACCAGGGACAUACAAGCCCGAGGCAGUACCAGGGGGUGUGGGGACAUGCUUGUCGUGUCCAGACCCUCAGCACACCUCCAGGCCUGGCAGCACUUCUAUGUCUGACUGUGUGUGUAAUGAGGGAUACACACGGCACAAUCACACCUGCCAAGCGGUGGUGUGUGCAGUUCUCUCUCCUCCACAGAAUGGCUUCUUCAUCCAGAGCAUGUGUAAUAACCAGUAUAACUCCGCGUGUGGUGUGCGUUGUCUACCAGGCUUUGAGCUGCAAGGGAGCAGCAUCAGAUUGUGCCAAGCGGACGGCACCUGGUCUGGAGCUCCACCCACCUGCACAGUGCGUUCCUGUCCAGCUCUGUCCACUCCACAACAUGGACAGCUGAAUUGUAGCAACGGCGACUCCUCCGCUCGGCUCGAGUGUGCAGUGCGCUGUCAGAAAGGCUACAGGCUGGAGGGCAAAGCCAAACUCACCUGCCUGCCAAGCUUACAGUGGAGCAGCCCUCCACCUCGGUGUGUGGAGGUGCGUUGUUCCCCCAUGGUAACCUCGGAGCAGGUCCGUCUGUCACCUCCUGCCUGUGGAAAAAGAGCAAUGCGGAGUGGAGCUGUGUGCAGAUUUUCUUGUCGCCGUGGUUAUCGUCUCCUGGGUAAUCCAGAGGUGCGCUGCCUGCCAAGUGGAGACUGGAGUAACAAUAUACAUAAAGUCACCUGUGCAGAUGCAGAGCCUCCAUGGAUUCAGUGUCCUGAGAACAUUGUCACACAGACCAACAAGCAUCAGGGCUCCUCCAAUGUCACUCUGAGCGCACCAGUGCUGAGAGAUAACUCCGGAGAUGAGGUUGUUGUCCAGGUCACACCCAUUCUUAGCCCUGCCCAGCCUUUCCCAAUUGGCACAGAAGUCAUCACGUACACAGCUACUGAUCCUGCUGGGAACAAGGCCAACUGCUCCUUCACUGUCACUGUUAUCGAUAUGGAGCCUCCGUUGAUUGACAGGUGCCGGUCUCCGCCCACCAUCCAGGCCACAGACACGGAGACGCCUGUCUACUGGGAAGAGCCACAGUUUUCAGACAAUUCAGGUGCUCAACUGAACAUCUCCAGCACCCACUCGUCUGGUGAUCCAUUUCCUGCUGGAGAGACUGCAGUGUAUUACACCGCCACAGAUCCAUCCGGCAACAACCGCACUUGUGAGCUCAUCAUCACAGUGCAAGGUUCCACGUGUGAGCAGCCAUACGUGCCCGUCAAUGCAAAUUUCUCCUGCUUAAAGGAAGAGAAGGGGGUGAAUUGCACCCUGGAUUGCAAAGAGGGUUACAGUCUUACCCAGAAUGCAGUGCACAGCUAUUUCUGCCCCAAUAAUGGCCGAUGGGAACCACCACGAGCUCCAGACAGACCAGACUGCUCCCAGAACAGAAUAGCCAAUAAUGGCUUCAAGCCGUUCGAGAUGCUGUUCAAAGCAUCACACUGCAACGAUCCAGACCUGCUGAAGUCCUUCACUGGAGAUUUCACUAAUAUUCUAGGAGAUAUAGUUCCUAAAAUAUGCGGCGGAGAUGAGGUCAACUGUAAACUGGAAGUGAUGACGCAAGGGCAGUGUCUGGAGUACAACUAUGAUUAUCCAAAUGGAUUUGCCAUUGGUCCAGGAGGAUGGAGCAGUAAUGGUCAGGACUAUGCUUACUUUGAUAGUGGUUUUUCUCCAGAUCAUCAGCGCACUCGCCUCCAGCAGGAUGGUGUGUUCCACCAUACUUCCCAAUUGAGGGGUAAACGUCAUCGUGAGAUCACGGGGCCCACACGUGACCAAAAGAUCCAGAUAUACUUUAAUAUAACAGCAAGCAUCCCACUGCCCCUGUCGAGGAAUGACUCGGUGGAAGUAGCCAAUCAAAAGCGACUCUUGCGGACACUGGAGUUAUUGACCAAUCGACUGAAGAGGACGCUGAGCAAACAGCCACUGAGCUCAUUUCAUGUAUCGUCUGAGAUGAUCGUUGCUGACCCUAAAUCUCUGGAGAGUAGGAAGGCCUCUCUGUACUGUCGCCCAGGAUCUGUGCUGAAGGGCCGCAUGUGCGUGCAGUGUCCAGUGGGGACGUAUUUCUCGGUGGACUAUGCUGAGUGUGAGAGCUGCAGGAGGGGUUCGUAUCAGGACGAGGAAGGCCAGACAGAGUGUAAACUGUGUCCAGAUGGUUUCUCCACCCCUUACCUUCACUCCCGAAGCCUGUCCGAGUGCAGAGCACAGUGUAAGCCUGGCAGCUCAUCACUCAGUGGGCUGGAGACGUGUGAGUCAUGCCCACUGGGUCAGUACCAGCCUGGUUUUGGCUCGCGUAAAUGUGAUCCCUGUCCUCCGAAAACCUCCACCGUCAACCGAGGAGCUAUGGACCAGAGCGAGUGUGGAGUUCCAUGCUCUGCAGGUCAUUUCUCCCGUACUGGACUGGCUCCCUGUUACCCCUGUCCUCGUGACUACUACCAACCUGAAGAGGGACGAUCCUACUGCCUCUCCUGCCCCUUCUAUGGCACCACUACAGUCACAGGAGCCAAGACCAUCCAACAUUGCUCCACAUUUGGCUCUAGUUUCUUGCCUAAGGAGGAAAGUGUAACUACCGCUCCAGAAAGUCCUGUGAUAAGAGACUAUCAGGCCAGCAGUCAGAUGUUCCACGAGUGCUUCCUCAACCCAUGUCAGAACCAAGGCACCUGUGAGGAGGUGGGAGUGGGUUACGUGUGCACGUGUCUCCCAGGGUUCACAGGUGCAAAAUGUGAGAGUGACAUUAAUGAGUGCGACUCUGCUCCGUGUCAGAACGGCGGCCUGUGCAGAGACAGAGUGGGAGGCUUCCAGUGCCAGUGCAAGUCUGGCUUUGUGGGAUCACUGUGUGAAGUUGAUGUAAACGAGUGCAGCUCUUCUCCCUGUCUGAAUGAGGGCGUGUGUGUGGACGAUGUGAAUCGGUUCAGCUGCAGCUGCACAGAUGGAUUCACAGGACCUCGCUGUGAACUGGAGAUAGAUGAGUGUGAGUCCAGACCUUGCCAAAAUGGUGGAGUGUGUAAGGACCUGGAGGCUGGGUAUUCCUGCUCAUGUAAUCAGGGUUUCACUGGAGAGAGCUGUGAAGUGAAUAUUGACGAGUGCUACACCGCCCCCUGUCUGAAUGGAGGAGCAUGUGUGGAUGCUGUUAAUGACUUCAGGUGUGAUUGUGUGAGUGGGUUCAGUGGGAAACUGUGCCAGAUUGAUGAGGACGAGUGCGAGUCUAACCCAUGUUUGAAUGGUGCCACUUGCAAGGAUGAAGUGGGGAGCUACACCUGCCGAUGCCCUCCUGGGUUCAACGGAACCAGGUGUGAGACAGAAAUGUCUUCCUCCUUCAACCUGGAGUUUGAGGUCUCAGGUAUCCACGGUUAUGUGAUGAUGGAUGGGACGAUGCCAGCACUCACUCAGAUCACCUGCACAUUCUGGAUGAGAUCAUCAGACACCGUCAACUACGGAACUCCGGUCUCAUAUGCUGUGGAUGGGGGCAGUGACAACGCCUUUCUCCUCAUAGACUACAACGGCUGGGUGCUGUACGUGAACGGGAAAGAAAAGAUUACAGACUGUCCUGCGGUGAAUGACGGCAGGUGGCACCACAUUGGCGUGACGUGGAGGAAUACAGAUGGUGACUGGAGGAUUUAUAUCGAUGGAAGCCCUUCUGAUGGUGGGAAGGGUCUGUCCAUGGGUAGCACCAUACCAGGAGGUGGUGCUCUGGUGCUGGGACAGGAUCAGGAUCAGAGAGGCGAGGGCUUCAACCCAGUUGAGUCCUUUGUUGGUUCUCUCAGCCAGCUCAAUAUCUGGAAUUAUGUCCUCUCACCACAGCAGAUGAGGUCACUGGCCAACACUUGUCCUAGUGACCUACAGAGAGGGAACGUGUUUGCCUGGCCUGACUUCCUACAUGGUAUCACGGGUCGAGUCAAAACCAGCCCGAAGAGCAUGUUCUGCGCUGAUUGCCCCCUGCUGCAGGAUACUGUACCCAACUUGCGCUCUUCCAGUCCAGCAGUGAAGCCAGGCUCUCAGGUGAAAUUCUCCUGCAAUCCUGGAUAUUACCUGGUGGGGGAGCCAGUCCAGAAGUGUCUGAACAGAGGGGCAUGGAGCCACGCACAGCCUCUCUGUGAACGCGUGAACUGUGGCACACCUCCUGCUCUGGUGCAUGGUCUGUAUCGUGGGGACGAUUUCUACGCUGGGAGUUCAGUGCUGUACCAGUGCAAGCCUGGCUUCUACCUGCUUGGUGAGAGCAAAAUGCAGUGUGGCAACAACGGCAAAUGGUCCGGGAACCUGCCUGCAUGUCUGGAUAUGGAUGAGUGUGCCUUGGGCUCUGAUUGUGAUGAGAAUGCCAGCUGCCAGAACACAGACGGCUCAUACACCUGUACCUGCAUUUACCCCUUCACCGGGGACGGGAGGAGCUGCACAGCCCUGUCAUGUAGUCCACCUACAGUCCCAAAGCAUGGACUCUUGGAGGGAACAAACUUCACAUACAGAAGCAAGGUGACUUUCAGUUGUGAGAAAGGUUAUAUCCUCCAAGGGCCAACAGAGAUACAGUGUCAAUCUGACCUGACGUGGAAUAGAGUUCCACCUAGCUGUCAACCAGUGACCUGCAGCGAGCCCCCUGCUGUGGACAAUGCAGACAUCAGUCUCAAUGGAAAAGUUUACUUGUCAACCUUGACAUACACCUGUAUUAAAGGAUACCGAUUACAGGGCCAAGGGGAGCUGCAAUGUGAAGCUUCUGGAAAGUGGACCUCCCCUGCUCCUUUCUGUGCCAGAGUGAACUGUGGGGAUCCACCUCCCUUAAAGGAUGCAGUUGUCAAAGGAGACAACUUCACUCUGGGCAGUCAGGUGCACCACAUCUGCAAAGAAGGAUACACACUACUUGGUAGUGAAACUCAGGAGUGCCUACCAAGUGGUGAAUGGAGCCGUGAAUUUUCCCAGUGUGUACCUCGCUCAUGUGGACCACCACCACCUGUUGACCAUGCACAUCCUGACACCGGACACAAACUGUUUGGCGACACUGCUAUCUACUUUUGUUAUGAUGGCUACACUGCUGGCAACAACACCAAGUUGUUCUGCAAUGCAAAGGGAAUUUGGGCACCACCUGAGGGACACAGUAUGCCGUACUGCAUUGCCACCUUCUGCCAACGCCCACCUGAUCUACCUCAUGCUAUUCUGGACUCCAUUUAUAAGCCCAAAUAUGCUAGUAACACAGAGGUCAGCUAUAAAUGUGAGGAAGGCUUCAUGCUCAAUACCACAGCAACUCUGAAAUGCUUAAUGGGAGGAGAGUGGUCACCUUCACCUAUGGAUAUUGGCUGUGUGCCCAUCAGAUGCUCCAAGCCAGAGAAUAUUGAGAGGGGUUAUGUCAGUGGGACCAACUACAAUUUUGGAGCUGUGAUUGCAUAUAGCUGUGAUAAGGGAUACUACAUCCGAGGGGAGAAAAGAAGGACUUGUAUGGCUAAUGGAGAGUGGGGUGGAGUUUUACCAACUUGCCAACCUAUUAGUUGCUCUACUCCUCCUCCACUGAUUAAUGGUUACAUCCAGGACUCCACAAUGAAAGCCAACUAUGUGUACAAUAGUAAGGUGACAUAUACUUGCAAUUCAGGUUAUCGCCUCACAGGGAAGGCUGACCGUAUAUGCAUGGCCAACAAGCUAUGGUCCAACAUCGAUCCCCCCAUUUGUAAGCUUUUAACCUGCCCACAACCUCCUGCUAUCUUGCAUGGGUACUAUCGUGGCUCCAUAUUUCAAGUGGGAAGUAAAGUGGAAUAUGUCUGUGAUGAAGGUUAUGAACUCAAUGGACAUGCAAUAUGGACAUGUUUAAAAUAUGGGAAGUGGGACAAGAUCAAAACUCCCCAUUGCUCUCCAGUUCAGUGUGUGGAGCCACCAUUAGAGGAGAACCAUCUAGUAUUACGAAGCUUGGAUUCAAACUCGGGAACUGUGGAGCUUUCCUGUGAGGAUGGUUAUGUACUUCAUGGAGCAAAAAUUCUUCGAUGUACUCCAUCACAAGAAUGGAAUGAUUCUUUUCCAGUCUGCAAGCAGGUGUCUUGUGGUCCACCACCAGAGGUUUCCUUUGGUGAUCCAUCAUUAGCAUCUACCUAUUUUGGCAGUGUAGUUACCUACUCUUGCAUGGCUGGUUUUACCCUUCAAAAAGAAGCUUCUGUUAGCUGUCAGGCAGAUGGACACUGGAGCACCCCACAUCCAGAAUGCAUUCCUGUGGAGUGCCCGCAUCCUGAGGAAAUAUCAAAUGGUAUAGUGGAUGUGCAGGGACUUAUGUAUCUUAGCACUGCUCUGUACAGCUGCAAGCCUGGUUAUGACUUAGUGGGCAACUCAACUGUGAUAUGUGGUCAGAGUGGCCUCUGGAUUGGAGGAGUACCUGCUUGUCAUCCCAUUGAAUGUCCUCCACCCAAAGAGAUCCCCAAUGGCUUUGCCAAGUUCUCACAACUUCUGUUUAGCAGGUCUGUUACUUACACCUGUCAUCGAGGAUAUAGUCUAGUAGGACCAGAGAUUCUUACUUGCCUGGAAAAUGGUACAUGGGACAAGGAGGUUCCAUCCUGCCAACAAAUCUACUGCUUGCCUCCCAGCCCAAUUGAGAAUGGCUUUGUUGAAGGCCGGGAUCAUAAGUUUGGUGUGACCAUCUUCUAUAGCUGCUUCCCAGGCUUCUUGCUUGUAGGGCAGAGUCACCUUACCUGUGAGGAACGUGGCUGGUCAAGUUCAGUCCCCACUUGCACUCCAGCAGACUGUGGUCUUCCUCCACACAUUGACUUUGGUGAUUAUUUUAAAAUUCAAGAUCCCACCACUGAGUUGACUGGUGACAAACCAGUAGACAUUCCUUCACCAGCUGACACUAGCUUCCUGCAUGGAACCAUGGUACAGUAUAGCUGCCAUGCAGGCUAUGAAAUGAGUGGUACAGUUGCUUUGGUGUGCCAAGAGGAUGGCACAUGGAAUGGGACAGCUCCUAAGUGUGUACCUGCUAAGUGUGAUACACCCCGUGAUCCUGAACAUGGAUCAGCAACUGUAACAGAUACUGUACUGGGAAGAUUAGUGGAGUACAGCUGUGAUGAAGGGUAUGAGCUGUAUGGGCCAACGGUACAACAGUGUAUCUCUGGACAUCAGUGGAGUAAUGAAGCACCCCAGUGUGUUCCUGUCAACUGUGGUGACCCAGGGGGCAUUGCUAAUGGUGAAGUGAUAGGAAGUUAUUUUCACUUCAAAGGAGUGAUUCAAUAUGAGUGCCAUGUUGGAUUUGUCCUACAAGGUUUGGAAACUAGGACUUGCCAAAUGGAUGGUAAAUGGGAUAGCAAAGCACCAUGGUGUAAGGCUGUGUCUUGUGGACGUCCUGUGGUCUCAAGUGAUGUGUUAAUUAAAGGAGAUGAUUAUACAUUUGGUAAGCGCCUACUCUUUAGCUGCCACAGUGGAUUUAUCCUGCACGGGACACACACUAGUGUUUGCCUUGCUAAUGGAACUUGGAGUGAAAAUGCCCCUAAGUGUCUCCCAGCUAACUGUGGUCGACCCCCUAUCAUUCAGAAUGGCCGUGUCACAGGAACAAAUUAUGGUUAUAAUGGCAAAGUGAAAUAUGAGUGUAAUGUGGGUUAUACAUUGGCAGGAAACCCCACACUCAUUUGUGGAGGUGAUGGACUGUGGGAUGACCCUCCACCACGAUGUGACAUAGUCACAUGUGACCCACCUGAGGACAUUAGUCAUGGCUUUCUAAAUGGCUCAAGUUUUAAUUUUGAGGAUGUGGUGGAAUAUGUUUGUUUCCCUGGUUAUGAGACAGUUGGCAGUCCAAUUCUGCGUUGUGCAGCAGAUGGCACUUGGCUUGGGAAAGUACCAGAAUGUCGGCUCUGUAUAUGCAACACACCAGUAUUGAGGUUUGGUGCUGUGCUUGGCCGGGAUCACACCUGUGGGGCCACUGUGUGGUUCCGCUGUGAUGAGGGCUAUACGAUACUUGGGCCCACUGAGUCUGUGUGUGACAAGGGUGGAUUAUGGAGUCCGGGGGUUCCCAUCUGUAGCAGGGGCAGUUGUCUUACACCUCCUCCUGCAGUACCCAAUGCUGUUGUUAUAGGUGGUACAGUUGUACCUGAUGGAGUCACUUAUGGAUGCAGACAAGGAUACCGUUUAAGUGGCAACCCAUAUCUCUCUUGUGGAAGGUUGGGUAGGUGGGAAGUGCCUACUCUACAGUGUGAUCCUGUGUCUUGUGGAAAGCCCCCUCCUGUUUCAAAUGCAGAGAUUGUGGAAUCUGAUUUUACCUAUGGCAACAAGGCUCAGUACAGGUGUAAAGACGGGUACAAGUUGGUUACACAGACAGACGCAGUCAACUGUCAGAGUGAUGGCACUUGGUCCAAACAUAGUGUGAGGUGUCAGCCAAUUCCAUGCAGCCUUCCCACCAACCUAACCCAUGUUGUGGUCACAGGUGGCCAGCUCACACCUGUAGGAGGCAUUGUUACAAUAUCCUGCAUGCCAGGAUUUUAUCUUGAGGGUGCAGCACUAUCAGAAUGUGAGCUUUUUGGCAGAUGGUCUCCAUCAUUCUCCUCAAACUCAUGUGUGCCUGUCGUCUGUGAAAAGCCCCUCCCCAUUCUCCAUGGUAAUAUUAAAGGGGAGAACUACAAUUAUGGGGACAUGAUUGUGUAUACCUGUUUGCCAGGGUUUGAACUACAGGGUCACGAAGUUCAGAUCUGUCAGGGAGACAGAACAUGGAGUGGCAGUCCACCUGAGUGUGUUGCGACUUCAUGUGGUCCACCACCCAUUGUGGAGAAUGCUGUUUCUGUGCCAACCGGUGAGUCAUACCGGAGUAAUGUGACCUAUAUCUGUAACACUGGGAUGAACCUGAUUGGCCCACAGAAUCUCACGUGUCAGGCUGAUGGAGCAUGGAGCUCACCUACACCAACAUGUGAAGCCCCCAAAGGUUGUGAAAGGCCUGAAGGAUUAUUAAAUGGGAAGGUUCAGGAACAGAGCCUGGUCAGUUGGAAGGCUCUUGAGUUUUCCUGCAAUAAGGGCUACACUCUACAUGGGGAGUCCCUUGUUGUCUGUAUGGGAAAUGGUUCUUGGAGCUCACCUUUCCCUAUAUGUACACCCCAGUCAUGCCCUCCGCCUCCAAGAUUGACAGGGAACAAUGUCAACACCACCUUAUUCCUGGUGGGUCAGACAGUGCCAGUCAACUGUCCUAAAGGUCAGCAGGUCAAAGGGCGUCAGAGCCAAGGAACAGCCAUCAUAACCUGCAGGAGUGACCAGACCUGGACUCCAAUCAGGGCAGUUUGUGCGAGGGUGUCCUGCGGCCCUCCUCUCCACAUGGCUAAUGGAGUGGUCCGUGGGGCCAUGUUCCAGCUCGGUGACGUGGCGGUGUACUCGUGCUUCGAGGGCUACGUCAUGGAAGGCACUAGCAGGAGUGUGUGCUUGGAGAAUGGCACAUGGACUCCACCCCCUUCCUGCAGAGCUGUGUGUUGGCUGCAGUGUCAGAAUGGAGGUGUGUGUCAGAGGCCAAAUAUAUGCUCCUGUCCAGAGGGCUGGAUGGGUCGCCUCUGUGAGGAACCAAUCUGCAUCCUGCCAUGUCUAAACGGUGGACGCUGUGUUGCUCCAUACCAGUGCGAGUGUCCAAGAGGGUGGAGUGGCACACGAUGCCAUGCUGCGGUGUGUUCAUCGCCUUGUCAGAAUGGAGGCAGGUGUAUCAGGCCCAACAGAUGCCGCUGCAUUCAAGGCUGGGGUGGUCCCGAUUGCUCCAGGAAAAGAAAACCAGGAUAUUUUCAUUUUUAAUACGCCACUCAACACAGACAAAGCUGGAGCAUCAGCACACCAUGGUGGAUGUCGAAGUCUUCAGUUCUGACCAUUUCUCCCGCCCAAACUCCAAAUACCAAGUGUUUUGUAAAUUAAAGCUGUAUUUUUUCAUAUAGAAAAUAAAAACAGUAUUAAGCAUAAUUCUGCUGCUAUAUACAUGAACCUGUUCGAUGUGUAAAAACUUUAAUGUGAUUGUUCAGUGUAUAUGUGUAUAAACUAUUCUUUUCACAUUUUUAUUAAAGCAAAAAAUACAACUACACAUUUGUCAUUUCUUCACGUUUUAUUGAAUUCAUAAUAUUAAAAAAAAUUCCACAUGAGCCCCUAGUAAUAAAAGGUCCAUAAUUUUGAGAUAUUUGGAAUGAUACACUUGCGAUGGACCUUCCUACAAGGGAGAGUUAAAAACCAAAUGUGGGGGUGUGUGGGAGGGUGUGUGUGUAGGUGUGUGUGG